UAUCAGUUGACGUUGGUCGAACGAGCGAAGUGGCAAUGAUAGCGGCUACGAAAUGUCUGCAUCAGCCGGCGCGAUAAUUUGCCAAAGCUGAAUCUCGGCAAAAUGAAUGAAAAUCAAUUACCGUCGAUCCAGCGAUACUCGAUUAUCGCCAUUUGCCGCAGGAUACGCAGGAUCUGAAUUAUCCUCGGAAAUAUUCUUCAAGGUGUACUUUUCUUUCUUUUUUUUUUGUUGUUUUUUUUUCAAAUUAUUUGUUAUAUUUCCUUCGCACGUGUUAUAUUCUUAAGUGAAAGAAUAAUAAAAUGAAGUGUUGAGUGGAACCAUGAGGAUAUUCGCGAGUGAAUAUAAUGAUAACGAUUGUGGUGGAAACGAUGCUGGGAAUACUUUGAAAUAUGGUAACAUCGAGCAGGCAACAGCGCUGAGGUAUAAAGUACAAAUCGUCAACAUAUUAAGCCAGAAGAAAUCUAAAUGGAUACUCUGCUUGAUCGUGUGCAAUUCACUUGUCGUUUACGAACUUCGCGAGUGGGCCAAUUCCACGAACAGUUUGGCUCUGAGGGCGUACGCGAACACCAUCGCCUUCAACGUCUUCGCUCUGUUCGUGUGUCUAGUCUCCGUUUGGGUGAGCCAAAACGCUUCUUCCGCAACACCGAAGGACCUUUCGUUGGCGAAGAAGCCACUCCAAAAUCACACGCGAUCGUUCUCCGGCUCCGGUUAUCCACAUUACAAGAAAAACUUGGCCUUCCAUUUCCCGAGGCACUCCAUAUCCGGCCCGUGUCUUCUGCAGGACGUCGAAGUCCAACAAGAGGACCUGAAGGUCCCCGCUGUGUCCUCGCUGUCGAUUCUUGGCCUUGAAAAGUACGAGGUCCUUGCCCUCCUCGUAUCCUCUUGCCUCGCUCUAGCCGCGGCCUCCUUCAUUGCUGUCGAAGCCUUCGGAAGGAUCAAGGAUCAACCGACAAUUCACACAGGACGCCUGGGGCUUGGCUUUCUUUUGGGUAUCGUGACGCACGUGAUAACGGUUUACAGUUACCGAGAUGCUGCGUUGGAUCACGUCGUUUGCAGGGCUCUGCCCUGCCCAACGCUGAGGGGCUACAAUCCUAUUUUUGGCGGCAACGUUUUGGGCGCAGCGAUUCUCUGCGGAACUCACCUCCUCAUCCAUUACUGGGACAUAUUCGUCGUGGACACUGCUGCCACCUUGGUCCUCGUUGGACUCGUGGCUACGUCCAUGUUGCCAUUGGCUUUUUACACAGCCAGCAUAAUAUUGCAGAAACUUCCUCAUUACAUGGGUCAGCAACUGGACAAAUGUCUUCGAGAAGCUCUGAAUAUCGACGGUGUUCUCGAAUUUAGGAAUGAGAGAUUCUGGACUCAAUCUUUCGGGAAACUCGCAGGAACGGUGCAAGUUCGCAUUCGAAGAGACGCGAACGAGAGUCACGUGCUGGAGCGAGUUGUGGAGGGACUCUCGCGAAUAGUGACGACAUUGACGGUCCAGGAGUUCCGUGAAACACCACAGGCGAAAAUCGAGGCCCAGAAUUGCGCUGAGUACUACAUAAACGAACUGCUGCCAAACGCGGUCGGUGAAAGGAAGAAAGUGAAUCCGUCGAAAAAACGGAGCGAAGCCGAGGACGUGGAGACCGUUUCCAUCGACGACAUACUCGGCGUCGAAAAGGAGCCGGUCAGGACCUUUUCCAGUCCCGGAAAAUCGGAAGCCAACGUCAUUUCGAAACCGAAGACGAUCACCAUUUACCAGAACAAGAAUGUCGAGGCGCAGAAGAAUUACUUGUUCAACCCUCACAGAACCAACGAAAACGCUCUCAUUCUCGGCUCGAACGUCGACGAGGACAGAUUCGCUGGUUGCACUAUCGGCUUCGUUGGAUAGGAGCGAGACAAGGCUGAAGAAAAAUAUUGCGUACCGAUUUUCUUGCGGAUUGUGUCUUUAUUGAACAAUAUAUUGUGCAAGGAAAAAUAUUAAUUACGCAAAAAAUGGAGAAGAAAUUUUUGUCUGGACAUUUGCGUAUAAUUUUAUACGCCAC